AAUGAGUUCCAAUCGACGACGACCAGCUAGUAAUUCUUCUGAUGCGCCACCUACUAAUAGAGCUCGGAUCGACAAUGGGCUUAAUAUUCUACCAGCUGCAAAUAAUAACAUUAACAACAACAACUUUCCAAACAACUUACCAAACAACAAUAACAACUUACUAAACAACAACAAUAACUUACCAAACAACAAUAUUGAUGUGGAAGCAAUAAUAGCCGCUGAAAGGGCACGUGCUAAUAUUAUUGAAAUGCCGCCUGCGGCUAUGCUUCUACCACUCAUAGAUAUCCGCAAUCGCCUGACAUCUUCCAAUUAUGCCUUUGCAGGGUGGCGCACAAAUCACGUGUUUAAUUCUCUGACUGGGGUUGUUCAAUUUGUACAUCGUGGUGCAACUCUUAGACGCAGCUUUGAUCGGUGUGACGUUCGUGUUAGUUUUGGCUUUGGCACUGAUACUCAGACUGUUGGCAUAUAUGCUUAUGAUCAAUGCGCUGCUAUUCUUGAGACUGCCCGGGUUAAUGAGAUCUGCACAUUUACCGCACUUACGGUGGUGGAACAAGGGGACAAUAGAGGACGGUGGACGGGCACCGUACCUUUUGUUUUGCGAUUUACACGUGCGUCAGCAUUUGCUAUUACUGGGCCAAACAACAACAACAACGUAAAUAACAACAAUAAUAAUUUGCAGCAAGCUCCCGCUGAUAACAACAACAACAUUCCUAUUGGUAAUAAGAAUAAUAAUAAUAAUCUAAAAAAAAAUAUAUUCGGUUAA